UUCAAAAUUUGGUGUCAUGGUGGACUAUGAUGAAACCACUGCUUUCUUAGGGGUGUGGGGACAGUUUCAGCAGAUUGUGUUCUUUGUUCUCUGUUUCAGUACAAUCCCCAAUGGAUUCAGUGCCUUUUCAGUUAUAUUCUUGGCAGCUUCACCACCCCACCACUGCCGCAUCCCUGAGGUGAACCUGACCCAGGCAUGGAGGACAGCCAUCAUCCCGUACGAGACGGUGGGCGGGCGGGCGCAACAGAGUAUGUGCAGCAGGUACAGACUGGAUGUGGUGAAGAACUACUCUGACCGAGGCCUCGUCCCAGGACUGGAUGUCAACGUCACAGACAUCGAAGAGGAGACAUGCUUGGAUGGAUGGAGCUACAGCACAGAUAUCUACCAGUCAACCAUCGUCACAGAGUUUGACCUUGUUUGUGGUCAACGCUGGAAGGAGUCGUUCACCUCCUCUGUCUACUUCAUUGGUGUCUUAUGUGGGUCCUUCUUUUCUGGACAACUGUCAGACUGGUGUGGAAGGAAACCAGUACUUUUCGUGACAAUGAUGAUCCAAACAAUAUUCACAUUUGUUCAGGUUUUUUCCACAUCCUGGGAAAUGUUCUCUGUCCUUUUCUUCAUUGUAGGGAUGGGACAAAUAUCAAAUUAUGUGGCAGCUUUUGUCUUGGGUGCAGAGAUUCUGUCUGGUUCUGUGAGAGUCCUCUACUCCUCACUCGGCGUCUGCCUCUUCUUUGCCAUCGGCUACAUGAUGCUGCCCCUGAUCGCAUUUUACAUACGUGGCUGGAGGAUGCUCUUGGUUGCCCUGUCUGUCCCUGGACUGAUCUAUAUCCCCCUCUGGUGGUUGAUUCCUGAGUCUCCUCGGUGGCUUCUGUCUCGGGGCAGAGUGCAAGAGGCGGAGGCCAUACUGAGGGACGCAGCCAGGAGGAACAAAGUGGUUGCUCCAGAGGUCAUCUUCAUGGAGGUAGAAGAUGAAUCCUCUAAAGCCUCAGUGAAAUAUAAUUUUCUGGAUCUCCUGAGAGUGACCAAAAUCAGAAAUGUAACACUCAUUCUAUUUUUAGUCUGGAUUACUCUGAGUAUGGGUUAUUUUGGCCUGUCUCUGAACACAUCUCGUCUCCAUGGGGACCCUUAUAUCAACUGUCUCAUUUCCGCCGCCAUCGAAAUUCCCGCUUACCUCAUCAGCUGGCUGUCCGUGCACUUCCUCCCCAGGAGGCUCUCCUGUAUGACUAGCAUGGUGCUAGCAGGGGCCGCUCUCUACUCUGUACAGAUAGCACCGGCAGAUUUGCCAACAGCUGCAAGGGCUCUGGAGUUGCUGGGUAAGUUUGGGAUAGCCACUGGAACAGCCCUGAUGUUUGUCUACACCGGCGAGUUGUACCCUACGGUGAUCAGGAACACUGCAUUGGGCGCCUGUGCCAUGGUGUCUCGCGUGGGCAGCACCGUCGCUCCCUACCUCUUCUAUUUAAGUGAAUAUCAUCCAGUCCUCCCUCACAUGGUUUUGGGCAGUCUGUGUGUCGUGUCUGGAGCGGCCACGUUCCUACUGCCCGAGAGCUUCAGAAGGCCUCUGCCAGAGACCGUAGAGGAGAUGCUUCAAAGGGAGCGGAUCAAAUGUUCAUGCUUUUCCAAAGAAGAGGAUCCAAAUCAGAAGUUGCCAGUCAAGAUCACAAAUAAAGUCUUGUUGGAAGUCAAACUAUAAACAAAUUCGCGUAAGAUGUUUGACUGCUGACUACUAUUAUUAUAGGCUACUAAUAAAAACAUUGGAAUGUGGAGGUGAAAAAGGAAUGUGACUAGUUGUGUAACAUCUUGACUAUAGUAGCUUCACUGUUUCAGUCCACUAAUUGUGGAGUCCACCAUUGUUUCAUCUGAAUGGUCUUCAUCUCCUUUAACACUGGUGAGAUUGUAC